UUGAAAACUUCAAACACUGCUGCUAAAUCAUUUAAUGCUCUCAAUUUUAUUUAGUAAGUUAAGUAACAAGUUAAUCAAGAAAAAUGCGCAUAAUCAUUAUCUUAAUUUUAUUUGCGCUUCAAGCGGGUGUUCGUUCUCAUGAGAAAUCGUGCAAAGAACUUGUAUCCGAGGUACUGGAGAAAUUGUCUGACAUAGAAGAAAAACUUGUACAGCAGGAUAAAAAGAUUUCAUCACUAACAGAGCAGUCUCAAGGUCACCUAGUAGACAGUUGUGGGACGCCACCUAAUGUUCCAAACGGCAAGAUCACAGGAAGAAAAACAAGAGAUUCAUUUAUGGUCGAAUGCAACACUGGCUAUGAAUUGAAGGGAGAUAACCCUGUUUUAUGCAACUUAAGCGGGAACUGGAAUCAGACGCCAUCCUGUGAGCCAAUCGCUUGUGGAGUUCCGAGAAUUCCGAAAAAUGGUAGCAUAUGUAAAAUGAAAGGGGAUGGCUUCGGGGCGACCACCAUAAUGGAAUGUGAGGAAGGGUUCUAUAUCAGCGGAAAUCCUGUCGUUAGUUGUUCAAGUAAUGGAAGGUGGACUCAAGUUCCAUCGUGUGAAAUCAUUGCGUCUUGCAUCAGUGAUAGAGAAAUUGAUUUUGGAUUGAAGAAUGUUGCCCUUGGGAAAAAGGUCAUCCUAAGUUCAAUGAACCACCAUACUACACCAGGAAGCCUUAUGGUGGACGGCAACCGCAGUAGCACCUAUCCGUGUGCAUGCACAAAGCUAAGCAAAAAUCCUUAUGCUAUUGUAGACUUGCAGGAGGCCUACGACAUUUAUUUCAUGUAGAUCGUAAAUCGUGGCGACUGUUGUCCUGAAAGAUUACACGACCUGACAGUUUUCAUUGGUAAUGACACAUCUAGACUGGGUCUUGCUGCACGCCAUACUGUCCCGAUUGAUGCGGGCUGUACGCUUAAAUUUGACAAGCCUGUCAAUGGACGCUAUGUAAAACUGCAAAUUGAAGCACAUGCCGAGGAAUAUCUCACAAUAUGCGAGCUAGAAAUAUACAGUAUUUAAAUCAUUGACAUACCAAAGCUUUCAUUCUGGCGAUAUGUACAUGAAGGAAAACACUUGAUACACUCUCAAUGGCAUGGCUAUUAAGAAACCUGUGCUGAUCCUGUUUCAUACUGGACACUUGGAAAGACAUUCCGUGUUGUUACAGACUGGAAGUUUCCUUUAAUUUUAGUUACUACAGUGCUAAAUUGAAGCAAUGAUAUUAACUUUAAUGAUAUUAUCGUGAGCAUCUGCCAGCACGUUGUCUGUUUUUAAUUCAUAGAAUAUGUAAAUAACAUAUUAUACUUCCAAUAUUC